GUCUCCUCGUAUUGUGCAUAGACUGGGAGACACAGACCUGGCUGACACUGUCAAAAGUUUUGCAACUCCUGGACUCUGCCGUGGAAAUAAAAAGCUGUUCUCGCUCCCCAGACCCGUUUCUUCUAUCCCAGUGAUUAGGGAGGAUAUUACCAGGAAGGCUUAUCACUACUUUCCAGCACAAGAUUUGAUGGAUUGUAGACUUACAGUUACUGGGAUGUAUACUAUGGAUUUGAUUGUACACUACCCGGCACAGUGAAGGCUUGGAUUUUUUUUUCUUUGUUUAUUAACUCAUUUAACUAGAAGGUGUUGGGUAUAAGGAACACAAGAAAAGGGAGAACACACCUUGGGGGGAGUCUGAGUUUUCUGUUUUAUCUGAGACGGCUUGAAAAUGAGAAUGAAUGCAUGUGGACGGGACCUGACACUCCGAGAGGCUUCCCUGCUCCUGAUCUCCUACCUCCUCAUCAUCCUCCAGCAGCCGUGUAAUUCCCAGGAAGAGAAGACCGUAUGUCUGGGAACCGAGAACAAGUUCACCCAACUGGCGACAGCAGAAGAACACUACAACAGUAUGAAGAGAAUGUUCAAUGGCUGUGAGAUUGUGCUUGGAAAUCUGGAAAUUACCCACCUACAUGGGGAUAAUGACACUUCUUUCCUGAAGGACAUUCAAGAAGUGGGAGGUUAUGUUCUCAUCAGUUUUAAUUCUGUGAAGACCAUCCCCCUGGUAAACCUUCAGAUUAUCCGAGGGAACACUCUGUAUAGAAAUUCUGCCCUGUCCAUUCUGCAUAAUUUUGAUCAAGAUGACGAAGCGAAAGGUCUGCAGGAGCUGCCGAUGAGGAAACUAAAAGAAAUCCUCAAUGGUGGAGUUAACAUCACAGAAAAUCCCCAUCUUUGCAACUUGGAUACUAUCAAGUGGACUGACAUUGUUCCUUCAAACCACAUCAUAAGUCUUCAAAAGAAAUAUUAUCCACGCUGUUCUAAAUGUGAUGUGGAAUGCAAUGAAUCAUGUUGGAGUACUGGACCAGAGAACUGUCAGAUACUGUCAAAACUCAACUGUGCCCAGCAGUGUUCUCGCCGGUGCAGGGGACCAAUGCCCAGUGACUGCUGCCACAGUCAGUGUGCUGCAGGCUGCACAGGACCCAAAGAAAAGGAUUGUAUGGCUUGUCGCAAGUUUCGUGAUGGGGACACAUGUAAGGAAAGCUGCCCUCCUUUGCUACAGUAUAACCCAAAUACAUACCAAAUGGAAGUCAACCCUGAAGGAAAAUACAGUUUUGGGGCUUCAUGUGUGGCAAAAUGUCCACAUAAUUACAUAGUUACAGAUCUUGGAUCUUGUGUUCGGACCUGCCCACCAAAUUCAUAUGAGGUAGUGGAAUAUGGCGUUCACAUCUGUAAAAGGUGUGAUGGACCAUGUACUAAAGAUGUAAUUUGCAAUGGAAUUGGAGUUGGACCCCUUGCAUCUGUUUUAUCAGUAAAUGCCACAAACAUUGAUUCUUUUCAGAACUGUACCAAGGUACAAGGAAGUAUAAGCAUCCUGUGGGUGGCAAAAAAUGGUGACCGUUUCACCAAAACACCUAAACUGGAUCCAGAGAAGUUGAACAUCUUUAGAACAGUUCGGGAAAUAGAAGGGUUUUUAUUAAUUCAGUGGUGGCCAGAAAAUUUCACUGACCUGAGCAUUUUUGAAAACCUUGAAAUAAUCAGAGGCAGAAGAAAACAUCUUGGCAGAUACGCUUUUGGUAUAGCGGAUCUACAGAUAAAGUCAUUGGGAUUAAGAUCCCUCAAAGAAAUUAGUGAUGGUGAUAUUAUACUUCGAGGCAAUAAAGAUCUCUGCUAUGCUGACACCCUAAACUGGACAAAUAUCUUCAGAGCAAACCAGCAAAAGAAAAUUGAAAAUAACAAUAGCCCAGAAAAAUGUGCUGCCAACGGAAGUGUUUGUCACCAGUUAUGUUCUGACCAAGGUUGCUGGGGUCCUGGGCCUUCUCAAUGCUUUUCAUGUCGUGAAUUUAGUCGUGGAAAGGAAUGCGUCCAAUCCUGUAACAGAUUUGCAGGAGAGCCACGGGAAUAUGUUGAAAAUUACGUGUGUACUUCGUGUCACCCAGAGUGUUUGCCACAGAAUACUACUGUAACCUGCAAAGGACCUGGUCCACAUGAAUGUACUAAAUGUGCCCAUUAUAUUGAUGGUGAGAGCUGUGUCAACACUUGCCCUCCCGCCUUUUAUGAUGAAAACACUUCCAUAUUCUCAAAAUAUGCAGAUAAAGCUGGAGUCUGUCAGCUCUGCAGCCCAGAAUGCAAGACAGGGUGUACAGGUCCUGGAAUUGAAGGCUGUAGACCACCUGGGUCUGUGGCAUACAUUGGUGCGGGUGUAGUUGGAGGCAUCCUUGCAGCUGUUGUGCUGGCGCUUGUUGCAUUCUUCUUUAUACGUAGAAAUCGCAUUAACAGAAAGCGCACGCUGAGAAGGUUACUACAGGAAAGAGAGUUGGUGGAACCAAUCACACCCAGCGGUGAGGCGCCCAACCAAGCACUGCUCCGAAUCCUGAAGGAGACAGAGUUCAAGAAGAUUAAGGUUCUCGGCUCUGGUGCAUUUGGCACAGUAUAUCAGGGACUCUGGGUUCCAGAAGGUGAGAGCAUAAAGAUUCCUGUCGCAAUUAAGGAGCUGCGUGAGGCCACAUCACCUAAAGCCAACAAAGAAAUAUUAGAUGAGGCAUAUGUUAUGGCCAGUGUGGAAAAUCCUCAUGUUUGCCGUUUGCUGGGAAUAUGCCUAACCUCCACUGUCCAGCUGGUCACACAGCUUAUGCCCUAUGGCUGUCUUCUAGACUAUGUUCGAGAACAUAAAGACAAUAUUGGCUCACGGCAUCUUCUCAACUGGUGUGUGCAGAUUGCCAAGGGAAUGAAUUACCUUGAAGAACAUCGCUUAGUCCACAGAGAUCUGGCUGCCCGGAAUGUCCUAGUGAAAGCUCCACAACAUGUCAAGAUCACAGAUUUUGGAUUGGCUAAACUUUUGGGAGCAGAUGAAAAGGAAUAUCAUGCGGAAGGUGGAAAAGUGCCCAUUAAAUGGAUGGCUUUAGAAUCCAUAUUGCAUAGAAUAUAUACCCAUCAAAGCGAUGUGUGGAGUUACGGUGUAACAGUAUGGGAAUUAAUGACCUUUGGGUCUAAACCUUAUGAUGGAAUUCCAGCCAGCGACAUUUCAACCAUCUUAGAAAAAGGAGAACGUCUUCCUCAGCCGCCCAUAUGUACCAUUGAUGUGUACAUGAUAAUGGUGAAAUGUUGGAUGAUAGACGCUGAGAGUCGCCCCAAAUUCCGUGAACUAAGUGCUGAGUUUACCAAGAUGGCUCGUGACCCAACACGCUACCUUGUAAUACAGGGAGAUGAGAGAAUGCACUUACCCAGCCCUGUGGAGUCUAAGUUCCAUCGCACAAUGGAAGGAGACAUGGGCGAUAUUGUUGAUGCUGAAGAAUAUCUGAUUCCCCAUCGUGAUUUUUUUGCUAGUCCUUCAACAUCGCGGACACCUCUUUUAACGGGGCCAUCUGUCGGAGAAGACAGCUUUAUUCAAAGAUACAGUACAGACCCAACAGUCAUAUUAAAUAACAGCAUCGAUGAGGAUUUCCAUCCGGUGCCAGAAUAUGUCAAUCAAAUUAAACCAGAGUCGGAGAGUUUGACAACGACAAAUGUUUACCAUAAUCUACUUUCACCAGCAAAUACAAAGCAUCAUAAUGGUAACUACCAGAAUUCCAAUGGCAACAGUGUGAACAAUCCAGAAUACCUGAACUCACGUCAGACCCUCAUUAGCCACGUGGAAAAUGACUAUCCUUUCAUCUGGGACCACAAAGUGAACCAGCAAAUCAGCCUGGAUAAUCCUGAUUACCAACAGGACUUUUUCCCAAAGGACACCAAAAUCAAUGGAAUUUUUAAGAUUCCUACAGCAGAAAAUCCUGAUUAUUUGCCACUUGCACCAAAUAAUGACUAUAUUGAAGCUUCAGCAUGACUACAAUUUGAUGGCAACAUUCCUGACAUUCUACCUAUCGGAGCACAGCUUAGUUCUUAAGGGAUAAUUGUGAACUAUGGGCCCUAAUAGAAUAAGCGUACACUAAAGUACUUAUGAACUUUUACCAGAACCGUGAAAUAUAUUGGGAUGUACAGUAUAGUCCUCAUUGAAUCAUACUGUCAAUUUUUCUCCUCUGUUUUGUUCCUAAUAACAAAACAUAUAACACUUUUAUAUAUAUAUAUAUAUAUAUAUAUAUAUAUAUAUAAAUAUAUAUUGAGAGAUUUUUUUUAAUCUGCGACAAAUACUUUUCAAUUCCUGUGGGUUAUUUUUUAUAAUGUGUAGAUAUUCUUGCACCUUUUUGUUUUACGUGUGUUCGUCCAACUUGAAUGAUAUUUGUGGAAAGAAAAUCUAGCUACAGUAACACAGAAAAUGCUGUAAUUAUUGCAUGGAAUCAGGUGUAGAACGCUUAUUUUAAUGUGAAGCUUAGAUUUAUAUUUCAUAGUCUUGUAUAGGGAAUGGAAAAGGCGAAAUAUAAAGUCUUAAAUUCAUAAUCAGGAGUAUAUAUUUUCCAAUGACAUUUCAUAGAUCUGUGUUUAGGAGCUGAUUGACAUAUUGGGUGGUAUGUAUAUACUUCAGUAUGAAAAUCUUGUAAAAUGUUUAAUAUACGCCAUGGAAAUGGGUAGUGAGAAAGCUAUUCACACUGUUCUGUAGUUAAGAAAUGUGUUUCCAUGACAACAUAUUAUUCAUUUCCUAAAUUUCCAUCUAAUCAUUGCCAUUUUGUGAGCUACAUACAAUGUUCUGUACUAAAUCUGUAUAUUGCUUUCCAUGGUAAACAUUGCUCAUCUAUUUCUUAAGGUAUACAGUACAUAGGUCUGCACAUGCCAUUAUUUUGUGCCAGCCAUUUGUCUUUCCAUUCCAUUUUUUAUAUUACUUACUUAUACAUAUAGUACCUUUUAUGUUAUUUCGUUUCUACAUAUUGUCCAAUGAGUCUAUGUGCGCCUUAUUUUUCCAUGACCGUCUUGGAAGAUAGUUUAGAAAUUGGAGUAGUGCAAAAAUGGUGUUAAAAAGUUUUAACUUGAACUUGUCUCUAAAAUACAUUACAGUUUAAUAUAGUAUAUCUUCCUGUGCUUUCUUUUUUUUAACUCAUAUUGUGUUUUUACAGUUGGAUUUUUGAAUGUACUUUCUGUUGACUAAUUAACAAUUUAUUUAAUAAAUGAUUUUGGUCAGUGGCGGUUCCAAAAUUCAAAUAGGGGAGCCAUACCAACUGCCAGUGAGUCCCGGCCAGUGAUAUUUGGUAGCGUUUGGGGGACAAUUGGUGUGUCUCCCUAUUUUUAUUUUGGACUGCGCUACAGCCCCGUAUCUGGAACUGCCACAUAUUACUGUGUUUGCUGCUUUUUACAGAUAAGGCCACUUUUGACAUUUAAAAAAAUGUGUACAUUGUAUCUUCAUUAUAAUAUUUUUAUAUUACUUUAAACAAUAUUUUUAACACCAUUUUGCCUUGCUCCAUUUUAUGUAAUCUUUCAGACUCACAAGUCAGAACGUUCCCUAAAGCAUUGCCUAUAAUUGUGAACCUUAUUUUCUGCACUUAUUUGCUUGCCUGCAGAGCUUAUUGUAUCUGUGUAAUGUGUUGUGCAUAAUGUUCUUGCUUACAAAUGUAGAAUUAUACACUUUUAUACAGAAUCCACUGAACACCACUAUAAAAUAUAGGUCAGUUCAACUGUGUUUGCUUUAGCUAAAUAAUUGUCUCAAUACUUACUGCACAUUAAGUCUUAAAAUAUCACCCUUAAAAACUCAACUAAACUACAGGAUAAAAUGAAUUAUCAUUUGAAAAAUGUUUAGUGCAUAAUCAAAAUUUGCAUUUGUUUCCUUUCUUAAAAUUGCUAUCAUAGCGAAUUACAUCAUAUUAACCUGUUUGAAUGUGUUUGCCAUUGCAAAGACAUCAACCAUUGCUCAUGCCUUUCAUGGGAUAACUAGGCUGCCCUGAUUCUUCCUGUUUUCCUCAUUGUUAGAAGAGUAAAAGGAAAAAAUAAGAAUAAUUGCUUCAGAUCGUGGUAUUGCUAAUAAAAUGGGCAAGGUUGUCCUUACUGGGGAUGCAUUGUGUUUCUCUGUAGAAUAGGAGCGAGUGCCUCGCCGCAGGUGGUUCUAAGUAUAUUGAUGUCUCUACCGAUAUUACAUUCCUCUCUAUAUGUAUUUAUGAAUAUCCGGGAAUGUCACUAGAUGACACAGUGUAGGCAGCUGAACACAAAGUGACUGAUGCCCAGUGAGCAAUACACAAGUUUUGCGUGAAGUUGCUCUGCGCAUACACAUAAAACACAUGCAACCAAAUGCAUCUUUGCAUGAUUUUGACACUGACACCGACAUUCCUGAGGGGGGUUUCAGGUUUACAGAGAGUUGUGUCUGCUCUAUUAUAGAUGUGUUUGAUGGUUCACAACUGCAUAUGGGCACCAUACAGUAUGUGAACCAUUGAGGCCCUGCUAUCAAAAGUAAAAUCAUCGACCAUUGGUAACAAACCAUUGAUAAUCAACCCUAAGUACAUUACAUUUAUGCAUUACUGCAUGACUGGAUGACUCCCAUACCAAAUUCAUCAGUGUCAUGCAGAAUACAUUGAAAAGGGUGGAUGGCAUAGACAUUUAUUUAACUUUUUUUUAUAUUUAACCCUUUUUUGUUUUCUUUUUACAUUUUAUUCAACAGAGGAGUGGGGUCUUGAUUCUUGUGUCUCCUGCACUUCAGAAUGGCCCUCGUUCCGAGUUGUUCGCUCGCUAGCUGCUUUUAGCAGCAUUGCAAACGCUAGGCCGCCACCCUCUGGGAGUGUAUGUUAGGUUAGCAGAAUAGCGAACGAAAGAUUAGCAGAACUGCUAAUAAAUAUUUUCUUGCAGUUUCUGAGUAGCUCCAGACCUACUCCUAGAUUGCAAUCAGCUCGGUCAGUUUAGUUCCUGGUUUGACGUCACAAACACGCCCUGCGUUCGGCCAGCCACUCCCCCGUUUCUCCAGACACUACCGCGUUUUUCCCUGACACGCCUGCGUUUUUUUAGCACACUCCCAGAAAACGCUCAGUUACCACCCAGAAACGCCCCUUUCUUGUCAAUCACUCACCGAUCAGCAGUGCCACUGAAAAGCACAGCAGGAACACCAGCAAAUCUACUAAGUUUUGUGUAAAAUAACUUAGCGCAUGCGCGCUGCAUACCAUGCGGAUGCGCAUUUAGCAACAAAUCGCAGCAUAGCGAAAAUUGGCAACGAGCGAACAACUCUGAAUGACCACCAAUGUUAGAAUACAUAUAAUAGUGAUCCAAUGUAAGCAAGUUUGCCAGUUAGGGUUAGAUCACUAUUUCCCCUAAGGGGCAGAAAAGAUACUGUGGAUUGUGACUCUUUUAUUCUACUAUGGCCAACGAGGGCGCCCAAGAAUUAGGUCUGGUCCAGGUACUGUCAGGGGAGUUUGGCAAUGGGCGGGUGACUAUGUAUGACCUUUCUGGUAAUCCGGGAGUGACAAUUUAGGCCCUGGUGAAUUAACUUGUGAGCUGCAGUACAUUCCAGAACUUAUUAAGUGAAUUGAUCUUUAUAGUUAAAACAGGUGAAGUAACACACACAUAUAUAUAUAUAUAUAUAUAUAUAUAUAUAUAUAUAUACACACACACACACACACACAAAAUAAAAAUAAAACUUUUAGCCAUUUAACUAUUAACGAGUUGACCUUAAGAUUUAAUGUGAGUGCAUCCUGGCAUAGAUUGUAAUGUGUGCAAAAUAUUAAAGGCAGGCUCAUUCCUUGUAUUUCUCUGAACGGUACAUUUGGAUGACUGCAUGAAACGUGUCAUGUGUAAUUGUCAAGCCCAGAAUACAUCUGUAGUGUUAUCCCCCCAUUGUUUCUCAUUGGGGACAGCUGUGUUUUCCUUUCUGGAAGUACAGCGCUCAUCUGAUCAGCAGCUGGAUGCAGGAAACAUGGUGCGUGCCUGCUUUGAUGCAGACUCUUUUAAUAUGCAUUAUUUAAGAUUGGCAAACAAUUAACAGUUGAGAAGCAAGUUAGAUUAUGAGUGGACUAAAAUCUGUGUUAUACUGAACUAGUUUCUCCCUGUGUAGCUACAGUAGGUCACGUAAUGGUGGCAAUGUGGGUGGCUGUAAUUAUUCUGUGAAUAAUGCCCCCAAAAACCCCAAGAAAUAAAAACCACUGUUCUACUCCUAAUGUUAUCACCAGAAGGUCUGCGUCACAAUCUAUAGCACUGAACUGGUAUUUUUUUUCCAUGAUGUGGAGAACUUUUCAUUUAUAUUGGAUGUCAGUGUUGAAAAGAUGGCAGCUGUCUAAACACUGCAGUAAAAAGAAAAAAUCAACAUGCAGAUAAUAAAGAUUUUCAUAUAGUGAUUUGUUUGCUUUCUUUGGUGACAACUGACGUGGUACAAACUUGUCUGUUCUGAGUGAAUGCAUGUAGUACAGUGCAGUUAAAAGAGAUGUUACUACCACAAAAACAACUUCAUUAAAAAGUGAUAUACAAUCAUUUCAUCAGAAUUACAUUAAAGUAAUUGCUAAUACUUGAAUAUCUGUCUAACACAAGUAAGAGCAGCAAGAUUGAAGGGCACUGCAUCCAGCCUCCUAUUUCAUAAUAUAGCUGAUAACAGAGGACAAUACCUUGCAUUAAAGAUAUUGCUCAAAAUAUCAAACAUCUCAAAAUCUGUCACAGUGUGUUAACUUUUAAGUUUUAGCUUAAACUUGGUAGAAAACACCCAGCCCCAAAGCAAUACUUAUGAUGGUGGGGUAGAAUGAUGGCAGAUCUCAUGACCGUCAUGUACAAUCCUGGAAUGCCUCCAAGUCAAUCAAGAUAAAUAUUGCAAUUGGUUUCCAUCAUCUAUAUAGCAUAGGUUCUCAUGCUGGUGCACAGGUGUAUUUAUUACUCACUGACUACUCAUUUUAAAAUAUGCACAGUUGGAGCUAAUUAUUUCACUUGUGAUUCUGUGAGGACAACUGGAAAACAUGAUCCGCUUGGGGUCCUGAGGACCAAGUUUUACAGAGUAUUUUCUGUUUAAUGGUUUAUCUGAAUUCAAUUUACUAUAGAUAACAAAAAAUAAAUAAACAGCCCUGCCUAGUAAGUGUUGUGGAAUGUAAAACAGAAGCAAUUAAGGCAAAAUUAGAUAUGAUUAGCAACUGAUAUUAUAGCUUUUUAUUUUUUUACUGUAUUAUGAAUUUCAAGUCUAAUAAAAGCGACUUCAGUGUUGUUGCAUUUUUUUAAAUCACUCUUUCUAUUAGUGGAACAGUCUAUACAGUAGUUUUUCCCCGAGAACAAUUACAAAUGGAUGGACAGUUGUAAUUAGAUGGGUAUCACCUACACACCUAACAACAAUAUUUUCUACAGCUGAUGGGUGAAUUUGAUACCGAAUAUGCACCAAUCUCUGCAUUUUGUUAGUCAUAGUGAUAUUAAACUGAAACUAUUUACAUAAGUAACUGUGUAGUGAUACUUGUGCAAGAACGAUUUGUAUAAAAUCAGAUACAAGGUGACUUUUGUAUGCUUACUACAGUAUUAAUUGGAACAUAUGCUAAUUAUCUGUAUAUCAAGAAGAAUGCAAUGAAAAUAAGAUGUAAUUUAUUUUGUUCCUUUUCGUUAUUUUCUAAAGAACCUUUAUUGUAAGUAAACUGUAAUGUGUAAAAAAUUAAACUUCUUUUGUCUUGUAA